AUGAUCAUGAACACAAAUGAUAAGAGAAUAUACGAACAUCUAAACAUAUUUUCCAUUGAUUAUUAUAAAAAACAACAGCAACAGCAGCAAACGCAACCCACUGAGACCAAAAUGAAUCUAACGUCAGAUCACCACGACAGCAUUCCACAAUCUCCAACUAUUAAAGAAGAAAAAACUGAACAUCAUGUUAAUAGCCAGUUAAGAAUAUCGUCAAAUCCGCCAGAUACACUCGACCAGCCGUUAUUAAUUGUUCUUGAUGAGGACGAUUCGAAUUUGGGCGAUGACUUUCAGUCAACUAAUGUAAUAACACCUGGAACAAAAGUGCAAGACGAUCUAUCUCAAGAUGAAGGACAGAAAACACUUAGUUCAAAUAGAAAUUUACCCACAGCUAAACAAUCUUUAAAUCAAUUGAAACAUUCGCGUAAACCUCCUUCCAAUUCAUUAGCCGAUUCGAAACUUUUUCGUCAACCACGAAAGCCUCGACCAUCUCCGCCGUUGAACGACGAGAAAUUCAUCCGUACUGUUGUCAUUGAUUCAACUUUUAUGCGACAAACAUAUCAACAACAACGAACUAAACUUAUCGCGCGUCGUAAACAUAUCAAUACAUAUUCAUCAUCACUGAGGAUGUCGAAUACGAAAAGUUUGUCUGUUGAUGAGCACUCUCAUGUUUCACCAUCAUCAGACUCGAUCUUAUCAACCAUUUCAUUCGAUAGUAUAUCCGAUGUAUUGACUGUGUCUCGAAUGGGCUCGGUGUUCUAUUGUGUCGAGGAUCUUUAUUCGAAAAUCUUUGCAAGUUUAUGUACAUUAGACGAAUUCAAUACUUUAUUAACUAAACCGGACAAAGUUGCAAUUAAACAAGCCACUUUAUCCGAAAAGAUCUCCAUUGAGAAACAACUACCAUUAUUAAAAAAAAUCAGUGAUAUACGUUAUCGUCUUCUCUCCAUUACUUCUUCUGAUUACUUACUUAAAAUAAAACAAUCCUUUUUAGCAAUGAAAAAUCUCGAUGAAAACGAAAAACAGCAUCGCGGGAAACGCAUCGAACAAAUCGUCGAUGACUUGCGCAGCUACAAACGAACGCCAACACCUGUUCUUUCGAAAGACAAUGUUUCACAUUCACCAAUGACGACGAAACGUCUCUCAACGGAUGAUGACGACGACGAUGAUGACGAAGAUGACGAUCACGAACAUGAUGAAGAACCUCGAAAGCGAUUGAAAAUCGUGACGAAAAAACAGAAACUAAAUGAAACGCCACCGCUAGCUCCGACUCAAUUCGGAAUCUUUAUCCAAUGUAAUGGACCGGUUAGUUGUAAUAUAUUUUCGACGAAUGAAACCGUUUCGUCAACUACCAAUAAUACCGAAACAACAACAGCGGCAUCAGCAGGAACAACAUCGAUGCCCAAAACUGAUUGUGACAUACCGCCGAAGUCAAACUCGGCCAAGAAACCAAAUGAAAAUGAAAGCAAACAGGUCUACUUCGAAAAAGUGCAGCAAUAUAAACAUGUAUCAAGGUUUCAUUUGAAUAAUGAACAAAGUUUUCAAAAGCCUUCUGUCCUGGAUCGAGCAGAAUCGGGAAGUCCGUCUACAGAUUUUCAUCAAUCGAAUAAGUUAUGUCCGUCAUCUACAGUACUGAAUAUGCCUAUAAAGCGGCGUAUUCUCAAUUCAUACAAUAGUGAUACAAGUGAUUCAUCAUCCACGACAGUAGUUCAUACGUCAACAUCAUUAACAAAUCCAUCUCGUUGUUUAUAUCGUUCGAAAUCGUUUAGUAAUCAUCAACAGCAUAUCUCGAAUGAUUCUCGUCGUUCGUCUAGUUUGCCACCAAUAAUCUAUUCACAUAAGGAACAAUGUGUCGAACAAAGAUUUCUUCCGACAGAGGAGAAUCCCAAAUCAAUGAUGAAAUCCAAAGCUGAACCAAUUGAUUUGACAGACGAAAGUUACUCAAUGCCAAUGAUUGUGAAUGUCGAAGAAAAUGUUGAAUUAGCGAAUCAACGACAGAAAAUAAAAACUACAAGAUCAUCAAUACCGAAUAACACUAAACUAUCGGAAAUCCAUCCGGCUUCAGGUUUAGAAUCACACUCAACACCGGCAUCACUUUCUCGUCCUGUAUCUCAUGAAUCUAGUCCUCCGGUUUUAACAAAACCGACACCUACUCAUCAUACUACAGCGUCGUCUUAUCGUACUCCACCUUUUGUCGUUUGUCACCAUCAAGAAUCGUAUAGAUGCCGUGAUCCAUCACACGCUAUGCCGACUUCAACCUCGGCUGCUCAUUCAUACUCACAUUCAACCAACGUUCCGCACAAUAACAAUCCCUAUUCAUAUCCCUAUUCACCUUCGACUCAGUAUCCAGUUGUGAAAAAAACAAGAGACUCAUCCGGCGUAGGCUACUACGAAGCAAGACCUCAUUCGGUUGCGCCAAUGCAUCCAUCAUCGUUAACAACGCCGUCCUCCUCCUCCUCUUCCUCCUCAUCAUCAUCAAUGCCAAUUAAUAAUCAUCAUUCUGGGUUACCAUCAUCUGUUGGUCUACCGAUUGUUCGAAAACCGAAUUAUUAUCAACAACUAACACCCGAACAACAAGCAUCAAUUAAAACGCAACCGUCAACACCGUGUCGCUUGCCUUGUUGUUAUCAACCACCAGCAGUCCCACAACAUCAUUCAGCAACGCACCAGCCCACAGACAAGUCGCUUCAACACGAACGGUUGAUGUACCGAUCAUAUCCCAAUACUGCCCCUAUUGUCGUUCCUACACCAACACCGCAUACAUUCAAACGUGAUCCUUCGCAAACACCAGAUAUUGACAGUCCAUCGUCAAUGAUUAGUCGAAAGCAACGUCGAAUCGACUCUGUACCAUCUCAUUCACAUGCACUACCUCCACCAUCGUCAACACCAUAUUUAUCCUAUCCAGCAUCCAAAGGGUACUUUGCUCCACCAACACCACUAUCCUCAUCGUCACCAUCAUCAGGAUCGCAUUGGGCGCCGUCACUAUCAUCCCCGGUGUCCAAUGCAAAUAUAAAACCAUCUAUUCGAUAUCCAUACCCUUCACCAUGCAAUGCACCGAUUAAUGGAAUGCCACGUAAAACAGAACCUUAUCAUCAACAUCAACCUCAACAUCAACAACAUCAUCCACAUCCUCCUGCUUCUGUACCUGGACCUAUUCAACCACGUCGUCCCAUACCAUUCCAAUCUCGGCCAGCGUUAACAGCGCCAGUUAUUGCUCAAAAUUCGUCAGCAUUAAUCAGUCCGCCUAAUACACCACAUGAGUUAACAUUGCCGAAUGGUCGUACGCGAGGUAUUGAUUUACAACGUGCCAUUGCCGAACGUGGUUACUGCGAUGUGGAUAAAUUACCUAAGCUUGUUGUUCGACAUACGAAAACAUAUUCAACUAAAACAUGUGACUCAAUGGGACAAUUAUUUCCCACGUGGUUUAACGAACCUGAUUAUCGAUGCAUCCAUUGUUUUCGUUGUGAUCAAGUUUUCACUCCACAACAGUUUAUGACCCAUGUUGAUGAUGAACACUUGCAGAAUGAGCAACCAUUCAGUAUGACAUCCAUACAAUUGUUAACGUCGGAGAAAAUGUCCGAAUACAAAGUCGGAUUAUGGAAUCAAUUUUGUACAAAUCUUACAAUCUAUGCAAAGGAGGGUCGAAUCGGCGGGUUCUCGACGAACAGAAAUGCAUGA